CGUCAGUAUGUGAAGUACCGAGAUCAUCAGUUGGAGAAACUGGGAAUUGAAAUACCUCCCCAAAUUGCAGGGGAAUGGGAGCCCGGGAGCCGAGCCUCGGGGGCCUCACCAUCAAACCACCGCCGGGAGCGGGAAGAGCCGGGAAUUCGGGAGCUGAAUCCGGGAGCCGGCCGCUUGGCCCCGAGCCGGAGGGGGAAGGGGCCGAGAAACCCACCAUGUGUCAAUCCAACAGCCCGCCGGGCCCCGACCUGCACGCAGGGAAAUGGUUGCAAUUUCCCCAGCUGGCCCUGAGACGGAGGUUGGGCCAGCUAAGCUGUAUGUCUAGGCCUGCCCUGAAACUCCGCUCCUGGCCUCUGACAAUUCUCUAUUACCUUCUGCCUUUCGGUGCAUUUAAGCCUCUGAGCAGAGGAUGGAGGCCUAUGAGCAGGGUUGCCCUGUACAAAUCAGUACCUACACGGCUGCUGUCCCGGGCUUGGGGACGUCUGAACCAAGUGGAGCUACCCAACUGGCUCCGGAAGCCCGUCUACAGCCUCUAUAUCUGGACGUUUGGGGUGAACAUGAAGGAGGCGGCCGUGGAAGACCUUCACCACUACAGAAACCUAAGCGAAUUCUUCCGUCGGAAACUGAAGCCACAGGCCCGGCCGGUCUGUGGCGUGCACAGUGUGAUCAGCCCGUCUGACGGAAAAAUUCUCAACUUUGGACAAGUGAAAAACUGUGAAGUGGAGCAGGUGAAGGGAGUUACCUACUCCUUGGAGUCCUUCUUGGGUCCACGCACCUAUGUUGAUGAUGUAUCAUUCAACCAAGCCACCUCCUGCAGUUCUUUCCAAAACCAGCUGGUCACCAAGGAAGGAAAUGAGCUCUAUCAUUGCGUGAUCUACCUGGCCCCCGGAGAUUACCACUGCUUCCACUCUCCGACCGACUGGAGGGUGUCUCACAGGCGGCACUUCCCAGGUUCUCUGAUGUCUGUGAAUCCAGGGGUGGCACGCUGGAUUAAAGAACUCUUUUGCCACAAUGAGCGAGUUGUCCUGACUGGCGACUGGAAGCACGGUUUUUUCUCCCUCACUGCCGUCGGAGCCACCAAUGUGGGCUCUAUCCGCAUCUACUUUGAUCGGGACCUUCAUACAAACAGCCCGAGGUACAGCAAGGGUUCCUAUAACGACUUCAGUUUCAUAACCAACAACAACAAGGAAGGGAUCCCCAUGAGAAAGGGAGAGCAUCUGGGAGAGUUUAACCUGGGCUCCACCAUCGUCCUCAUUUUUGAGGCUCCCAAGGACUUCAACUUCCACCUGAAAACCGGCCAGAAAAUUCAUUUUGGAGAGGCCCUGGGCUCGCUAUAGAAAUCCCGAUGACUACAGGAGUGCUACUGCUGCUGCUGCCAAAGGGUCUUUCCUUAAAUCACCCAAAAGAAUGUAAGUGUUUUUGACGUAGAGAGAGGUAAGGGGUUCUGCUCAGCGGGACCGGGGUGAGGAAAGAAUCCGGAACACCAUUCCUGGCUUCAACCAGUGGAUGAGCAUGGGCCCGAACCAGCUCAGUCACGUUCCCACACAAAGACGGUAAAAAGAAUCGACUCCUUUACGUAUCAGGUGCGGCCUUUAAGAAUGUAGAGCGGAGCAUCCCGGCCUGCCGUGUUCACGUUCCCAACAUCCUUCCCCCCCGUCAUUCCCGUCCCCUCUUCGGUCAGGCAGCCGUAGCAGGGGCCUUCAGAAAGCGCAGGCCGAAUCCCACCGCUUUCUAUCGGGGGGGACUGUGGCGACGGCAAAGGCUGCAAUGAGCUAUACGUACGAUUUGGACUUCGCACUCACCUAUAAACUGGAAACACUGUGUCUACAAUCCUUCGGGUUCAAUGGUCAGUCACUCUGUUUUCCUCGGGAGGCAGCAAAAAUUAGAAAGAUUUCCUCAUUGGUAGCGAUCACCCGCGCACUAAAACUCUCAACUCUCCUUCCCUCUCCCGCCCCACUCGUCCCUGCGGACAUUUCAGGCCUUAAGCCCACUUGACUUGCCUCCCAAACUAACCCACCCAAAAGCGUCACAGGAAAAAGGCCAGUCCUCCCCAUAAACAUGUGUUUUUUUUCCCCCCCCCUGCAGUGUGGGGGAGGUGAGGUUUUUUUAAAGUGGAUAUUUUUUAAGUUAACUGAAACAGAUCCUCAUCAUUUCUAAUGCACAGAAUGAAAUGCCUUCGGCAUUGACUGUGUUGUCUAAAAACCUGGCUGCUAAGGGGCAAGAGUUGGGCUCGGUGUGCACGGUUUCAAGGGUUGUUUUUUUUUUUUUGGUGGUGGUGGUACUAUUCUGGUGGUGGUUUUUUUUUUUCCUGUUUGUUUUUGUUGUCAAUUUGUCUGGCGGCGAAAAGCCAAAUGUUAUUUUUGCAUUGGUCGCUGGAAACUUCAGACCAGGGUCUACUUCGGAAACGCUAAUGUUACUCCUCCAUAAAGAGCUUGUGAUUUAAAUGGGUUUCGAAUUGGGUUGCCGUCGGAGGGAUUACGUAGCCACACUGGCGAUUUUCAGGUUUAGCCCUAACUGGGAAAGGCGGUUCCCCUGGGAAGAACGAGCAAGAACGGCAGCUUUUAUCUUUCAAGGGUUGGCCUAACUGCAGGCCGAACUCCGUCCUUUAGGAGCCUAAGGCAGUGAUUGGCUCCUGCUAUAAAAUAGACCAGACCUUAACUAUGCAUAUGAGGAAGACCAGAUGGGAAAGGUCCUAUAUCUCUUUGCCAUGGAGUUCAGGUGACCAUCGGAGUUGCUUGUUUACUGCCCCAGAGCCGGGGAAUAGCCAACACUGGAUGCCUUGUUGCCAGCAGUAUAGGUUGUUGUGAUGGCUCCAUGAGAGUCCGUUUGGACUCUUCUGUACUUCUCCCACCCUGUCCUUUAUAGGUUACUUGAAAAGUGUGACACGGGCCUGGAACGAGCCUUCAGGGGUGAGUAGCUAUUUGGGUCCCACUAAGCAGGUGGAAAGUCAUUUGCCAGGCUAGGAUCACCCCUUUCCAUUCAGUCGGAGGGGGAGAAUCACAUUCCCUGGGCUUUCUUUGAGUGGCCAAACGGCGUCGAGCAGCUUUAAUUCUCUCAUUCAACAGCCAUAGUCAUCACCACCGCUAAGCAGGUGGAAAGUCAUUUGCCAGGCUAGGAUCACCCCUUUCCAUUCAGUCGGAGGGGGAGAAUCACAUUCCCCGGGCUUCCUUUGAGUGGCCAAGCGGCGUCGAGCAGCUUUAAUUCUCUCAUUCAACAGCCAUAGUCAUCACCACCAUUAGAAAGCCUUCUUUGCACUAGUUACGUGGAGGUUGCUGCUAUUGACUUCAUCCUAGGUUGAAAGAGGCAGAUUGUGCAGAAUGAGCCAAGUCAACUUUUGCUGUCAUCGUCAGAGCCCUGGCUGGGCACCGGGUAAGACGGCCCGGGGUCAGCACUGUUCGCGGGAAUUAGAAGCGGGUUUCCUGUAGACACUGGUGACGCUGUGAAUUUCUCCUGCCCGGAGAAGCCAUUGAAUUUUUCAACUGUAUCAGUAGCACGGUAUUUUUGUAUGUAAAGUGUAAGACUUAUGAACGGUUUACUCAUUUAAUUGCAAAACUUUUGAAAUAAAAGAUCUCAUUUCAGCUGCU